AUGCUUCAUCGUAACGCUGCGUGUUUUGUCCCUGUCAGGUACUUUCCGUUCGGGAUCAUCUUCCUGGUGGCGGGGAAGAUCCUGGACAUGCAGGACCCGAGCACGCUGGGGAAGAAGCUGGGCUGGUACGGCAUCACCGUGCUCGCCGGCCUCUUCGUCCACGGCCUCAUCCUCCUCCCUCUCUUCUACUUCGUUCUCACCAGGAAGAACCCCUUCUCCUACAUCCGCGGGCUGCUGCAGGCCAUGGUGAUCGCCCUCGCCACUUCCUCCAGCUCUGCCACGCUGCCCAUCACCAUGAAGUGUCUGUUGGAAAACUGUCACGUUGACCGACAGAUUGCUCGCUUCGUCCUCCCUGUGGGCGCCACCAUCAACAUGGACGGCACGGCGCUGUACGAGGCUGUGGCGGCCAUCUUUAUCGCUCAGGUUAACGACUAUGAGCUGGACUUUGGCCAGUUGAUCACCAUCAGCAUCACAGCCACAGCUGCUAGCAUCGGCGCUGCGGGGAUCCCCCAGGCCGGUCUGGUUACCAUGGUGAUCGUCCUAACAUCAGUAGGGCUACCUCCAGAUGACAUCACGCUCAUUGUCGCCAUCGAUUGGAUCCUCGAUCGCUUUCGGACCAUGAUCAACGUUCUCGGCGAUGCGCUGGCGGCAGGAAUCAUCGCCCACCUCUGUCGUAAAGAUUUCCCCCUCAGUGGAACAGGAAAGCCCGUGCCGUCCUACGGUACGCAGAAUCCUCACGCUCACAAUAACUGCCACAGCGUGGACGUGCCGAUGACUGAGAUCCACACGCACAAGGACAGCAUGUACGACUCGAUGGGCGACUCGGCGAGCGAGAGGCACGCACACACCGUCUACUACAACAUCUGUCAGGUGUGAUCAGACUGCAUGCCGCACCGUGUCUACAGCAUGAAGGAUCUGAGAAGUCCGGUCAGAACUCACAGUGCCAUCUGGACCCCGAGGGUUAGGAAGAGACAUCCUUCUUCACAGGACGCCACGCCGAGCAGCUGCCCUCAGGUUCAAAGGUCACGCUGGUUUUAUUGGGCCAAACUUUGAUCGGAUAGAACAAAAUCGACACAAACUCGCUAGAAAAACAUAUUUGGAUAUACAGGAGCCAUUUCUGCAGCAGAGGAUUAUGGGUACAGGAUGCACUGUAGGUAGAUCGUUUGAUCUGAUUCUGAUCGGUGGAGGACGGAGCAACGCCUGCUCCGAGAAACGCCAUCUUUUCUGCCAGAAGUGAGGAAGUUUUGGGGGCAUUGGAUCGGACAUGUUGUGUGUUUUAUUUGCUCUUAAAUUGGAAAUUGGUUUUAAGAAUUCAGACUCCUGUCAAAGGCAGAAUCCCAGCGGGGGUGAGACCGGAAUAUCGGCUUCUUUUUGGGGCAAAAUCCAAUUUUGUUUCUGCAUGCAUCCAAGGACAUAAAGACAAAGCACCAAUGAGAUCAGCAUGUUGGGAACCAGCUGGAGAGCUCGGAGGACAACGGCUGCUCCCCUGUGUGGAUAAAACCUGGUCGAGGUUUGGACAUACUUCAUGAUUUCAUGGCAGAUUUUGUCAUGUUUUCUUCAUGUUUCCAGUUACU